GUCUUGAAAAAAAACAAAUUCACGAUCUGACAUAUAUAGAUGAAUCUGUAAAAGCUGUUCUUGUCGUGUUUCUGUGGGGUUUACAUAUGCUCGAGUUCUUGCAGGCGGUGCUGUUGUUCAUCUUGUUCUGGCUCUUGUUGUCCGUGAUGGGGAGCAGCGGUUCGAAACGCGCGACCGGGGAUCGGCGUUAUUCUGCAAGCGCGUCUGCAAACGCGUCUUCUUCUGCGUGGGGGCCGCAAUAUUACCAGCAGAGUCCCUUCCGCAGCACGCCGCAGAACCCGUACUCAACUCCUCGUUCCCCUUACACUCCUUCGCGGCAGACGCAGACGCAGUCGCGGACGCAAUCGCAGUCGCGGAAGCAGUUUGAGAGGAAGUACUCGCGGAUCGCUGAUAACUACCGUUCCCUUGAUGAGGUUACCGUUGCUCUUUUGCAAGCGGGAUUGGAGUCCUCGAAUCUGAUCGUCGGUAUCGAUUUCACGAAGAGCAACGAGUGGACAGGGGCAAGAUCAUUCAACAGGAAAAGCUUGCAUCACAUUGGAUCCACUCCAAACCCUUACGAGCAGGCGAUUUCCAUAAUCGGAAAGACGUUAUCUGCUUUUGACGAAGAUAACUUGAUCCCGUGUUACGGGUUCGGAGAUGCUACGACACAUGAUCAAGAUGUAUUUAGUUUCUAUCCCGAAGAUAAAUUCUGUAACGGGUUUGAAGAAGUCCUCGUCCGUUACAGAGAGAUCGUUCCCCAGCUCCGGCUUGCAGGACCGACGUCUUUUGCGCCUAUCAUCGAAAGGGCCAUCACCAUUGUCGAAGAAAGUGGCGGCCAGUACCAUGUUCUUGUCAUAAUCGCCGAUGGACAGGUAACAAGAAGUGUCGAUACAGCGAACGGUCGGCUCAGUCCACAAGAGCAGCAGACCAUUGAUGCCAUUGUUAGGGCAAGUGGAUAUCCUUUGUCGAUAGUUCUUGUCGGGGUUGGAGACGGUCCGUGGGAUACCAUGAGACAGUUUGAUGACAACAUCCCGGAACGUUCCUUCGACAAUUUCCAGUUUGUGAAUUUCACCGAGAUCAUGUCAAAGGGCGUCGAUCCAACGAGAAAGGAGGCUGAAUUCGCUCUCUCGGCUUUGAUGGAGAUACCGUCGCAGUACAAAGCCACCCUCGAGCUAGGCUUACUCGGGCGAAGAACCGGGAGUUAUCCAAACCGGAUCGCUCUUCUUCCGCCGCCUAUUAGCAUCACCCCGUCUUUAAGCAACGGUUCGAGAAAUUCCCGGGUAAGCAGCUUUCAGAACAGGACGCCGCAUAAUGCUUAUGGAUAUGAUACCGGCGUUGCCACGGCCCCGCCUUCAACCUCAAACAACGAUACACAGGUGUGUCCGGUUUGUUUUGGCAAUCAAAAGAACAUGGCCUUCAACUGUGGUCAUCAGACUUGCUGUGAGUGCGGAGAAGACCUGCGUACAUGCCCCAUCUGCAGGAGCUCGAUCUCGAUCCGUAUAAAGCUCUAUUAAGAAUGGUUUUGAAACGGCCGGGCUCCGAAAAUGGUGGCCAGAACAUUGAGCUCUGAUGCCGUAUUUCUGUUCUCGAAGGGGAAAAUAAGAGUAGAAUGGUCUCUGGGAUCAAUCUCCAAGCCUCAAGUGAUGAUGGAACCCGUACGUUUAACGGUUUUAUGCUUCGCUCGUUCCUUUUCUGUAAAUAGUCGCUUUCGUAUCCGUCUACGUUGUAAGAUCCUGCGAGUUAGGAUAAACUUCUUGGAUUUCGAUUCGGGUUUGGUUAUUUUUGUUUCAAAUAGCUAUAACCAUGCCGUUUUAUAUUUAUAUUCGGUUUGGAUUUGGUUC